AUGGAUUGGUUUCACUGCAACCAGUGUUUCAGAAAAGAUGGGGCUCAUUUCUUUGUCACCAGCUGUGGCCAUAUUUUCUGUAAAAAGUGUGUGAGUCCAGAAAAAUGUACUGUUUGUGGAGCUGCUUGCAAGCAUCUGGCUCUUUCUGAUAAUCUGAAACCUCAGGAGAAGAUGUUCUUCAAAAGCCCAGUGGAGACAGCUUUGCAGUAUUUUAGUCACAUCUCUCAGGUGUGGAGUUUCCAGAAGAAACAAACAGAUCUCCUCAUCGCAUUUUUUAAGCAUAGAAUUACAAAGUUAGAAGCAGAUGUGCAGGAGGCCCAGCAAACAGUGGCCAGCCGGGACAAAGAAUUGUCAAUCUUAAAGAAGGAGAAUGGAGAACUAAAGAAGUGUCUAGCUUUUCUAAAGGAAUCUCCAAGUCGGUACCAAGGAAGCAGAUCAACCACACCUCGACCAGUGGGCAUCACCUCCCCAUCACAGUCAGUUACUCCACGACUCAGUUCUCAGCAUAGCAGCAAAGUGGUCAGUCAGUCCUCCUCAGUGGAAUCUAUCCCUUAUAGAGUGGCUGGCUUUGGUAGCUUGGGACAAGGAGUCAGAGGCCUUCAGGGAAGGAGCACUCCCAGAGACUCUUAUACUGAAACCCCUUCACCAGCUUCCACUUACAGCCUGUCUUAUAGACCUUCAUCUGCCUCCUCUGGACAGGGAAUUUUUUCUUUCAGACCAUCCCUAAAUGAUGGGGAUUCAGGCCACACAAGAAUCCUCAGCCCCAACAAUUUAGGUCAGAGGGAGAGCAGAACCACACUACAGAGUCUUCCUGGUCCCCAGCUACCAUUCCUGUAGAUGGUCUACCAACAACAGAGGCAGAUUGGAUUAGCCAGGGGGAGAGAAGCAUGGACCAUCUCCAGAUAG